UCUGACGGUCUGCGAGGAUGGCGCUCGUACAUUUGCAAGAGGAACUCAUCAAGAGCAGCACCCCGGUGACUGUUGAGACGCGCUUUGGGCCCGUGCGAGGCGGACGAGCAGCGAAUGGUGCAGCUACAUUCCUGGAGGUUCCCUACGCGCUGCCCCCACGCAGGUUCCAGGAUCCACAAUCUCUUCCUGCAGACUACCGUUAUGAAGACAAGGACUAUAUCUACGAGGCUUCUUAUUGUGCCCAGCCUAAUAAUGACGGACAGUCCGCAGGCACGCUCUACGAAGAUGUAGUCGGUCUAGGAAAGCCCUCUGAGAACCCCUUGUUUGUCAAUAUCGUCGCGCCGCCUUCUUUUCCCUCGCAACAGAACUUCCCUGUAAAAGUCUAUAUCCAUGGCGGAUUUCUCCAAUUCGGCUCCCCUCAUGGGCUGAAAGCGCAAGCGCAAUACGUUGCUGCUGAGCGUUCAGAGGUCUGGGUUAACAUCGGUUACAGGCUGUCGGCCUUUGGGUUUCUUGCAUGUGAUGAGCCCAGAAUUACGGGCAAUUAUGGUUUCAAGGACCAGUGGCUUGCGGUGCGAUGGAUAAAAGAGAACAUCUCUUCCUUCGGCGGUGACCCUAGCGAUAUCCAGUUAUACGGGCUGUCCGCAGGUGCCCACGCUGUACACCAGCUGCUUCAUCACAUCUCGCGACUACCAGAGGGCCAAGUCUCGCCCUUUCGUAGUGCUGUGCUGCAGUCGAACGCGAUAAUCUUGCCUCCGAAGAAUCCCGCUAGCCUACGACCCCAGUUCCAGGCUCUGUGCCGUGCUGUCGGCAUCGACCCCGCCGCGCCCGAUGCUUUCGCCAAACUCAGCGACCCUGCAGUUGUUCCCGCCUCAGUUAUCACCCACGCCAUUGAGACCGAUGCGACAGGACCGGAGCACGGCACCUUCCGCGGCUGCCUGGACGGGGACUGGCUUGCGACAAGACCGAGUCCUAUGGAAUGGCAGCGCAGCGGCGAGUUUGCUCGAGCACUGAAAGCAAAGGGCGUUCGGAGCAUCGUCGUAGGUGACCUUACGGAAGAGUGGUACCUAUAUGCAAUUGCGUGCGGCGAGCUUCACAGCAUGGACGAGGUCAAGACAAACCUCGAGCGGUUCUACCCAACGGACUUCAAUAACAAGGUCGUGCCGCUGUGGCGGACAGUCCCGGAGGGCUCACCUCCGGAAGACUUCAUGAGGCUUUUUGGCGAGAUCUCGUCGAUGGCACAAGUGCACUGCCCAGUCCGCAUCCUUGCACGAGACCUCAUCAACGCAGGGUUCCCCGUGCUGCGCUACGAGAUUGCGUGGACUCCGGAGCAGGUCCGGCCUAAAGGAUACGUUACCCACAGUACGGACCGCUAUCUGUGGACGCUCCGAUUACCUAUCCUUGAGGACGACCAGGCUGCCGUUGCACGUGCAUGGCUCAAUGUCAUCGCGCGCGAGGUCGACGCUCUGGAGGAGCACGGCGGUGCGAAGCAUACGGUUAAACAGAUUUUGGCGUUAACGAAGGAGAAGCAGAUUGGGUGGCAAGAGGAUAAGCUCUGGGACCAGCACAUGAGAGCGGUUUCUGCGCUUCCUGGAGAGGUCUGAAAGCCUUGCAGAAUGGGCGAUAACGGAUCAAGGACUUGAAACAUGUACACUAACUGGCGUGUCCCCAGCAAUGCAAUGCGCCGGCAUGGCCUCACCGUUCG